CUAAAUAUUAUUUUUAAAAUUUUCCAUUUAUAUAUAUUUUGGUACAAAGAUAUAUUUUUUGUUAAUAUUUUAAAGUAUUUAAUAUUUCUCUAUAUUUUUCCAUAUAUAUUGCCACGUCGAACCUUCUAAUUCCAACCAAAGUAUCGCUCCCUCUGUUCUUGGCGCCACCUUUCUUCUUGUUCGGUAGCUCAGUGCUAGUUAUAACGUCCUCCGCUUCUCUCUGUUUCAAUUCUUCUCGCACACACUCGUUCUCCAGAAAAGUCAAAGAAACUCAAAACAUCUUUCUUUCUCAUCGUAUCAUAUCUCUUCGUUAGCCUCAAGCUCCUCCCUCCUCCUCUCUUCUUUCUUCCUCUCCAAGAAAACUCUUUACUUCCCAUGUCUUUGUGAGAUGUUUUCGUCUUGCGUUUGUUGCCUCCUGCUACUCCUCUACAUCAUCUACCUCAUCUUCUCCUUCUUCUACUUCUUCACUCAAGUUCCCCAUGUCCUCCGCGCCUAAAUGGAAGAACAACAUCAACGAGGAGUUCUACGACCUCUCAAGAACACUCAUUCACCUAAAGAAGAUGCACCAACGCGCCAAAAGCGAGAACUAUCUUGCUACUACGGCCUAAGGCAAAACCCAAAGAAGACAACCCACAAAUCUUUCGCGUUAGAAUCGUCAGAACCGAGGAAGAAGAUCUUGUUCAGAUGCGGAGAGUGUGGGAAAGGGUUUCGUUACGAGAAGUGUCUCUCGAAUCAUCAAGCGGGGGCGCAUCUAUCGACGGUACAGAGGGUUUGCGAAGAGUCGAUCAAGAGUCUGUGUGGUAGCUUCAGUCUUGUGAGGAAGAAGAAGAGAUCAUCGAGAGUUGUCAGGUACAAGAAGACUUCGUUUACUACGUUUCUUGGAUCGUCUUCUGUUUUUGGUGAGAGUGAUGAGGAGUUAGAAGUGGCGGAGUGUUUGAUUCUAUUGUCUAAGAGUAGUCCUAAGAUUGUAGUAGACAGAGGGAAACUUGUUGGUGAAGCAACGGAUGCUAUUCCUGAAAGGCUUAAUGGUUACUUGAGAGGCAAGAAAGUGAGAAGAGCUGCUGAAUUUGAAUAUGGGUUUUUGAGGGAAGAGAAAAAGCUUCUGGAAGAAGGGGAGAGUAACGAGAUCGAUCAACAGCUUGUUGGUGAAGCAAUGGAGGCUGUUCCUGAAACGAUUCAUGGUUACUUGAGAGGCAAGAAACUGGAAGAAAGGGUUAGUAUACACGAAGCUUCAAAAGAACCAGCUAGUUUCUUGGGAGGCAGUAGCGAGAUCGAUCAACAGGAACAGAGAAGAGCUUGUGGAUUUGACUCUGUGAUGAUUAGUGGUUACGAAACAUGGAAAGAGGCAGCGAGUUUCUUGGGACACAAGUUUGAGCUUGGAAUAGGAGCUUUGGAGUGUUCUGAUUCAGAUGAUGAGAUUGUUACUGAAUCAUCUGGUAAAGGCAAUGCUGAGCACCAAUGCAGGCUGUGCAGCAAGGUGUUCUCGUCUUACCAAGCUCUUGGUGGUCACCAGACGUCUCACAGGAUGAGCAAAAGCAAGAGCAAGAAGAGCUGCCGAGAGGAAUCAGUAGAGCUUGAUGAUGAUGCAGCGCAAGUGUAGCAAUCUGCUCAAGGAAGGUUCAUGCUUUAGGUUGUCACAGUAAGUACAACACUCUAAAACAGAGCAUGAUGAGGUUAUGCUAAAACUCUGUUUUGAAGUUGUGAAGAGUUAGGUAGUCAAAUUUUUACUCUGUUUUUUAGAUGAGAAAAAAAAAAAGACAUUUACUUUGAGUUUUAUAAAUUUCUGGUAAAGUUUGAAUCUUUUACAUUCUGAAUCGAAGUUGUACAUAAUGCGAUAAGUCAAGAUCGAGACUUUUUGCUCUGUUUUUGUAACAGAGUUUUUCCUCUGUUUUUCCGAGGAAACUGUUAUGUUCUUUGUUUCAUUAACUCGUAUUUGAUUCUUCCGGUUCGAGUCAAUUUUUGUGGAUUUGAAAAUUUGAAAAGUCUUAAUGGAAUGUGUCGGUUGGGUCUAUGGUAUUCAACAAAACUUUUGAGCAUAUAAAUGAAAUUAAAUAACUACUUUUUUUUUCUUAAUAUGGUAAACGAAAACGACAAAGAGAAUUGUACGUCAUUCUUGUAAUUAAUUUGAAAAAGUCCAUGUGGUGAAAUUGGACCUACCAGGUGAAAAAUAACAUCAAAUCAUUAUGUGUAAUUCACUCAGUUUUCACGUGGACGACGCCAGUUUACUGUGCUCUGGUUUCUUUUCUAGAAGUAUAAAAUAAAGAUUAGCUUCUAAAUGUUAAGAAAUUUUACAAAUUAAGACUUUUAAGCAGAUGGAGUAAAUGUCAUAUUUAUGUGUUUGUCAAUUUUCAUUAAUAAGUAGUAUAUUUUAUUACAAUUGGUUUUAUAUCAAUCAUUUAAGAGGAAAGAUGAAAAAGCAAAACUCUUGGCUUAGCCAUGAAAAUAGGUGGAUGGAGACAAUGUAUAAUUUUAGCACUCUAUAAAACACAAAGGCCUAAACUCAAGGUCAAGACACCAAUAUUCAUUAGCACUAGUAUAAUUUUAGAUCUUUAAUAAAUUAUUACAAUUUUCUCUUGUUUUUUUUGGGAUUUUUUUUUUAAAAAAAAAAUGUUUUUGUUUUAAUAAGUUUAGAUCCACCGGCAAAAUCACUUGAGAGAACAAAAGCUCCAUAUUCCUCCUCUCCUUUGUUUCUAUUCGCUUCUUCUUCUUCCUCUUCCUCCUCUGCUCUUUGAUUUUGAAUCUUGAUAAGGUCUACUCAAGACGUGAAUUUGAGGCAAACCCAUUUCGAUUCACGUAUUCAAUUUGAUUAAAACCAAGGCGGGAAUCUCAAAUUCGGAUCUUCCAACUGGUGGGUCGGAAACCCCCAAUGCGGUCUACGAGAAGACCACAAGGAAGAAGAAUAAGAAUAGCCAUAAGCAACCGAACAGAGACGCAUUUGGAGCUGAGAUCGAGAAUCGGGAGAUCGGCGGAGAAUCUGAUCGGAUCUGAUGUUGGGAUUGGGAUUGUUAGGAAUUAGGGUUUUUGGAUUGGGUUAC